AUGGUCUACUUCAUCACUUUCUUGAUUUUACUGGCAACAAUAUAUAUACAACAAGCAACGGCUUAUCAGCGUUACUGUGUUUUUGAUACUGCUUCUUGUGACGAAGAUUCUGACUGUUGUCCUGGUUGUACUUGUCGUUAUGGUAACAUGUCUUAUGCUGACGCUCUUCAGCAAUCUUAUGACAAAGAUGAUAUGACUGUUCCGUUAAAUGGUGGUGUUUGUGGUGGUAAUAAUGGCCCACGUAGUUGUCCUAUUUGUGUUGCUAGUGGUGAAGUUUGUACUGCUGGUGGUCUUGAUUGCUGUUAUGGGACGUGUACUAAUGGUCGAUGUUAUCGUAUCGCCGAUGUUUGUUAUUUUGACGGUUUCUCUUGUUAUGAUUUUGAUAAUAAUUGUGCUAUUGGUGGUAACUAUCCUUGUUAUGAUCCUGAUCGUCGUCAUGCAAAUACUUACCCUAUUACUAUCGGUUGUUGUCUUCCUGAUGGUACAGAUGCUACAAAACCUCAAACUAUUAAUGGUAAAGUCUACACUACUGUUGCUAAGUGUAAAUCAGGUCUUUAUGAUGGUGUUAAAAAAUAUUGUCGUUGGUCCUGA